AUGGCUCUCUCCGCCACCCCGCACGUCUGCACGCUGCUGUGGCCUUUUCUUGAGGAGCAGGAGGGAACCGCGCCGGAGGGAAAUUGGUUGAUCGGGUGGAAUCCUCAUGGCCUUUUGAUUGUAGUCGUCACGAUUGUGGAGGGCGAUGAGUUUCAGGAUGCCCAGCGAGCCAUUGACCGGAUUCGCGGACAAAGGGAAAACGAAAAGGUAGAGGCUCGAAGGUCGCAGCAGAAGGAUGCCCUCGAUGCGUACACAUUGUUAGUGCUUGGUCGGGUGCGUGGCUCACUCCCACCGUCGCAGGCCUUGAGCGGUGAAGCCAGGGACUCCUUGGAGAAGUAUGUGCGCCUCCAACGGCAGCGUAGCGACAUAUGGAUCGAACUCAACAAGGGGCCGGUGCUUGACCGGGUGUGGUGUUGUGGGUAUAGUGUACAGCCAUGCCACCUGCACGUCUUGCGAACCAGUACGUGGGGAAAAUAUGCCACGUCACCGACGGCGUUUACUGCCAACGCACGGUUUGGCUGCAACGGCAUCAUGGAGCUCCUGCAAGGCCUGGAACCCCACUGUAUUCCGGGCAUGCACUCCACCCUGGAAGGCGUGCUACUGCCACCACACAUGGUGCCCUUGGCAGGCCCUAGUGUGCUGAGGCCGCUGCAAGUGGACUCCAACAACAUGUCAAUCGGCCGGAUUAGGCGUGUUACGAGGAGCACUGGUGACAGCCACGCCUCCUUGGAUGAUCUUCAAAACAGCGGCAACGGCCUCCCACGGAAGGAGGGGGAUAAAACGGAGUCGGAGAAUAUUGAAUCGGUGCCGGAGGCGCCGGUAAAAUUUUUACCACCACGACUGGAUUUUCCUACCACUGCCGACUUUGCAGAGGUGAGUCUUCUUUUGCGUGCCAACAACUGCGGUCGAGUGAUGCGGAAAUGCCUCGAAUCCUGUAGCAGAAAGAAUCAAGGCAGCGGCGGGAAUGAGGGUGUUAAAAGUGACGAUAACUAUUCGCACAAUGGCAACAAAAAGAAGACGUGUGGAAAGAAGGUAUUAGAGGAGCAGAGUUUCUGGGAGCGGCAUCUUCACGCGUAUGUUGGUGUGUUGUUAUCAGCGCUGCUUAUUUUUGUUCCAGGCCUUACAGUCCUGGGCAAAAUCUCAUGCACCGCUGCCCUGAUGGAGUUUCGUCUCCGUGAAGUUAUUCACUGGCUUGCAUUGUUGCAGGGCCGCACACGCAUCUGUGGUCUGCAUCCGGUGAUGCCGCACAUGAUGCACGAGGAUCCUGCCUUUAAGCGUUUUUGCGCCGUCAACUUUCUCAUUCGCUUCCUCGUCGAUGGAGUUUUGGGAACAUUGGGGAGCCUUCUGUUAGCUCUUGGGGGGACGUCACUGAUCGCCAAGUCCGGAAGCUUCUGCGGGCUCUUUUUGUACGACGUGCACAUGGGGUAUAUGGAGUGGUUUGAGGGAUGGCCUGCGGGGCUGAAAAUGAAUGAGGAUCUGAAUAUGACGCUCUGCUUUUUUGCCAAGUGGGUGCUGCAAACAAGUUGGGACAUUGUGGUAAACUUUAACUGGGUGGAGCUUGUCUACAAAUUGCUUGUGUACAUCGCCCCCUUCGGCGCCAGCUGUGCGUUCGCCCUCAUUGCCGACGUCAGCGUGCUGGUCUCACUGCACAUACAGCUCCUCUUCCACGCCGUCUCCGCCCCGUACCGCGUCCUGCGGUCGACCAUGAGUAGUCUGUUUCUGCAGCUGCGUGGGAAAAAGUACAACCCGCUGCGACGCCGCACAGACACGUAUGACUUUGAGGUGGACCAGAUGCUCAUGGGGACGCUCUUGUUUACGGUGACGGUUUUCCUCUUUCCAACCCUGGCUGUGUAUUACCUCUACUUUGCAUUGGCCCGCAGCUUCAUCUGGGUUGUGCAAGAGGGACUUGUGUCCGCGGCACUCGUCACGAUGUACCUCCCGGUGUAUCCUGUGAUUUAUUGGGCGAUGAACCGACGGCGCUGGCCAGGCGGCUUCGUGCUCACGAAACCCAAAGUUACACGCGUGCGGCAUCUGACAAAUGCGUCCAAUUCAUCCCCGCGCAAGUCGGUAACAGUGGAGGCCACUGCCGUUUCAAAACCGCUGGGCCUCUACGGUUUCUUGGUAGACUUUCUACUGGUGCUUAAGAUUGUGUCGAGGCUGCGCCCCUUCCGUAUUUUGACCGUCAUCUACCAGGCAGAAGUUUGGAGAGGCACCAACCCGGUGGAACGCCUCAUUCCGCACCUCCGCAUGGACUGCAUGCAUGCUGGCUUCUCUGUGCAACCGGCGUCCCAGGCAGGAGCAGCAGCAGCAACAACAACUGUUUCCCCAACCAACACUGUUCCUUCUGCCGCUGCUGCCGCUGCUGCCGCCACACUUGCGUCCUCCACUGUGGUUUCUUCGAGCUUGGAAGAGCGAGAGACUCUCGCCAGAGCCGCCGUUUUGCCACGCCAUUAA